GGCUGGCGCAGCUGCCGCUGUGGCAGCGGUGAGGCGGCGGUGGCGGCUGCUGAGGCUCCACUGUGGAGAUCUUGGCGGCGGCAGCUGCGGGAAGAGCUGCGCUGUGCAGAUCCGGUGCACGGUGCGGGAUCCGGGACUGCGCGUACCCUAGAAGAUGCCUCUGAUGGAACAGGCUCUGCGAAGCUUGUCUGGCCCGGUGGCUUUGAACAGGAGCUCAAGUCCGAGGCAGUUUAAAGCCCUGGCUGUUGUAUCCUGAGGACUGCAGGCUGGGAGAAGAUGGCUGUAAGUUUAGAUGAUGAUGUGCCACUCAUCCUGACCUUGGACGAAGCUGAGAGUGCUCCACUGGCUCCUUCCAACGGCCUGGGCCAAGAAGAGCUGCCCAGCAAAAAUGGGGGCAGCCACAACAUCCCCAACUCCCAGCUUCCUAGUCUGGUCUCUGGAGCCAACAGUCCCCCCUCCAGUCCCACCGGACACAACUGGGAGAUGAAUUAUCAAGAGGCAGCAAUCUACCUCCAGGAAGGUCAGAACAACGACAAGUUCUUCACCCACCCCAGGGAUGCCAGAGCACUGGCGGCCUACCUCUUCGUACACAACCACUUCUUCUACAUGAUGGAGCUGCUCACGGCCCUGCUCCUGCUGCUGCUGUCGCUGUGCGAGUCCCCCGCUGUCCCCGUGCUCAAGCUACACACUUACGUCCACGCCACCCUGGAGCUGUUCGCCCUCAUGGUGGUUGUAUUUGAACUCUGCAUGAAAUUGCGGUGGCUGGGCUUCCACACAUUUGUCCAGCACAAACGCACCAUGGUCAAGACAUCCGUCCUGGUGGUGCAGUUCAUCGAGGCCAUUGUGGUGCUAGUGCGGCAGACGUCCCACGUGCGGGUGACCCGGGCACUACGCUGCAUUUUCCUAGUGGACUGCCGCUAUUGUGGUGGUGUGCGGCGCAACCUGCGGCAGAUCUUCCAGUCGCUGCCACCCUUCAUGGACAUUCUCCUGUUGCUGCUCUUCUUCAUGAUCAUCUUCGCCAUCCUCGGUUUCUACUUAUUCUCCACGAACCCUUCCGACCCUUACUUCAGCACCCUGGAGAACAGCAUUGUCAACCUGUUCGUUCUCCUGACCACAGCCAACUUUCCGGACGUCAUGAUGCCCUCCUACUCCCGGAACCCCUGGUCCUGCGUCUUCUUCAUUGUGUACCUCUCCAUCGAGCUGUACUUCAUCAUGAACCUGCUCCUGGCCGUGGUGUUCGACACCUUCAACGACAUCGAAAAGCACAAGUUCAAGUCUUUGCUGCUGCAUAAGCGGACUGCCAUGCAGCAUGCCUACGGCCUGCUCGUCAGCCAGCGGAGGCCAGCGGGCAUCUCCUAUAGGCAGUUCGAAGGCUUGAUGCGUUUCUACAAGCCCCGGAUGAGUGCUAGGGAGCGCUUCCUGACUUUCAAAGCCCUGAAUCAGAGCAACACACCUCUGCUCAGCCUGAAGGACUUCUAUGAUAUUUACGAAGUUGCUGCUCUGCAGUGGAAGGCAAAGAAGAACCGACAGCAUUGGUUUGAUGAGCUCCCCCGGACAGCCUUCCUCAUCUUCAAAGGGAUUAACAUCCUUGUGAAUUCCAAGGCCUUCCAGUAUUUCAUGUACUUGGUGGUGGCUGUCAAUGGUGUCUGGAUCCUGGUGGAGACGUUCAUGUUGAAAGGUGGGAAUUUCAUCUCAAAGCAUGUGCCCUGGAGUUACCUCGUGUUUCUUACCAUCUAUGGAGUUGAACUAUUCAUGAAGGUGGCUGGCCUGGGCCCUGUGGAGUACCUGUCCUCUGGAUGGAACCUGUUCGAUUUCUCGGUCACAGCAUUUGCCUUCCUGGGACUGCUCGCGCUGACACUCAACAUGGAACCCUUCUAUUUCAUUGUGGUCCUGCGUCCCCUUCAGCUGCUGAGGUUAUUUAAACUGAAGAAACGCUACCGAAAUGUGUUGGACACCAUGUUUGAGCUGCUGCCGCGGAUGGCCAGCCUUGGCCUCACGCUGCUCACCUUCUACUAUUCCUUCGCCAUCGUGGGCAUGGAGUUCUUCAAUGGGCGACUGACCCCCAACUGCUGCAACACCAGCACGGUGGCCGACGCCUACCGGUUCAUCAAUCACACUGUGGGUAACAAGACCAAGGUGGAGGAGGGUUACUAUUACCUCAACAACUUCGAUAACAUCCUCAACAGCUUCGUGACCUUGUUUGAGCUCACCGUUGUCAACAAUUGGUACAUCAUCAUGGAAGGCGUCACCUCCCAGACCUCCCACUGGAGCCGCCUGUACUUCAUGACCUUCUACAUCGUGACCAUGGUGGUGAUGACCAUCAUUGUGGCCUUCAUCCUAGAGGCCUUCGUCUUCCGCAUGAACUACAACCGCAAAAGCCAGGACUCUGAAGUGGACAGUGGCAUCCUCAUCGAAAAGGAAAUGUCCAAGGAGGAGCUUCUGGCCAUCCUGGAGCUUUAUCGCGAGGAGCGAGGCACCUCCUCUGACGUCACCCGGUUGCUUGACACCUUGUCUCAGAUGGAGAAAUACCAGCAAAAUUCCAUGGUGUUUCUGGGACGGAGAUCGAGAACCAAAAGUGACCUGAGUCUGAAGAUGUACCAGGAGGAGAUUCAGGAGUGGUACGAGGAGCAUGCCCGGGAACAGGAGCAGCAGAAGCUCAGGGGCAGUGUGCCAGGCCCUGCAGCCCAGCAGCCCCCAGGCAGUCGCCAGCGCUCCCAGACCAUCACCUAGCAGGGCUUCAUCAAGCCAGCCUCUUCUAUGCAAUAACACCUUAGUAUUAUGUACUACGAUGUAUGGAAACCAUGUGUGUAUGUAGACACACUUAUAUAUAUGCACAUAUUUACACAGAGACAGAAAAGGACUAGCCAGGGUUUGAACCACCUCACUCUGUCUUCCUGAGCUCCAGAAAUCAGCUUAGGCUGGAGGCCCAGGCCUCACUGAGCUCUCUUCCCACCAUGGAAAACUCUGGAAGCCCUCUGCUAAAGAAGCCCCUUAAAUAGGCUGUCUCAUUUUAGCAAUGCCGGCUUUCCCAGGGGGACACUUGACUGCCUCCCUGCUGCGGCCUCGCCUUGCAUCAUCCCUACCUGUCUCCCAGCCACCACAGGGGUCUGUCUGGUAUGAGGGACAAAACCACUAGGAAGAAACCCCCACAUCCUGCAGGACGGCGUCUGUGGGUGACAAAGUGUUAGAAGGUCCCCUUGAGGGAUAAGUGCCUGGGACCCAGUGGGAACCUGGCAAAGGCCAGAGAUGGCUCGAGACAGCAGAGCGUACUCUCAGGGCUUGCUGUCCUUUCUUGUUGCUGAAACCCUACCCUAGCCUCCCAGGGAAGCCCUCCCACAGGAGAAAGCCAACUGGAGGCCCUGGGAGUUUGACUUGCUCAGGAGAGUUCAUUUGAACUGGUGCUGAAGGCAGCUCCCCUCACCCCCACACUUUAACACUGCCUCCUCCAAGGUUCUCAUAAGCUAGGUGGGUAGGGGAGGCGGGUCAGGUGACCUGUGGUGGCUGGGUCGUGCAGUGGCAGGUGACAGAGGGAUGGAGCCCUGGUCACUUCAUCCUGAUGGUUUUGUCCAUAAGGGGCUGAAGUGCGGAGGCAGGCAGGGCCUCCCGAAGUUGCCUGGCACCCUGGCUAACCUGGCCUUCCAAGCCCGCUGUUGCUUGGGCAGGCAGAGGUCCCUUCCUGUUCUCCCAGGUGCCGAGCCAUGGGCCAAGCUGGAAAGCAAAUGUUUUUACUUUAAGUAAAGCACAGCCUCCACCCCCACCCCCCAGCCCCCACCGCACCCCAGGAAAACCUCUGGAUUCCACAGAGAGUCAGGAGACUGGCAAAGUCCCUUCCACUUCAAAGAGCUCUUGGCCUCCACCAGAGCUCACCCUGGACUCUAGGCCACAGUCCUGAGAAGCAGCCUCCUUUACAUAGCUAGCUGCCUUAGCUUCUGUGUAUGAGUGGAAUUUUGGAAGCAGAAAGAGGGGAGGCCUGUAAAGAGGACCUGGGGCCUCUGAGCAUCCAGCCUAGUUCAAGGCCGUUCCUCUAUCCCAGGUACCCUCAGCCUAGGGGAGUAGGCUCAGGUGGAGGGACUGGUCUUGGGCCCCAUGUAGAGGUACUAAAAACCCCUGGGUUUAGCACAUACCAGCCAGGUGCCCAAGGGAGAUAGGGCUGUUAGGCUGAACUGUAGCCUGUCAUGUAGUCUGAGAAAGCCUGUCCCUACAGAGUCACCUUGAGCACACACCAAGCUUGCCAGCCAUGCAGGGAACAAACUGUAUCACCCAGGGCUGUAAGCUCACACCCCCGGGAUCCUGUCCCACCCAGAUGACCUUUCCCUCAAUUCAGCUGAGUGGGAACUGGUGGGAACUGUCACUGCCUCACUGGGGCAGCUAUGGAACCACACUUCUCCCCACGGGGGAUGAGGCACUCAGUGGGAACAGUGUCCCGACCCUCCUCCUUGCUUGUCCUCUCCCACCCCAGCCUUACUUUCUCCACACCGUGCAGACAAUCAUUUUGUAUGGGUUAAGAGCCAUGUUGGAAGGUUUUAUACAGUGAUUUGUUACCUAGGAACCUACUGUGCCCAGAUUUCUGGUGUGCCAAUAAAGAGCCUCUGCUUUAUAGACAA